GACUCUCUACGUUGUCUGAAGUUGGCAAAACACACGGGACUGGAAACAAGAGCUAAAGAAUAUCUGGGCUAACGUUAAAAAAUACAUAGAAAAGCAAUAUUAAGACACCAGGAUGGCUACCACCACUGAGGACAGCUCAAGCAACAAUGGAAACAGAAGUGUAUCUGAUAUGAGCAAGUCUGAAUUAGAAAUGUAUCGUCAUGGACCAGAAACAGAGUUGUCUGCCCUUGUUUGUCAUGCUUCAGAAUCUGGAGAUUUUACUGCUCUGAGGGAUUACUUACAGAUACUGUCGGACACAGAGCCUGAAAAGAUCAAUGAAACUGACAAAGCGGGAAUGACAGCUCUACAUUUUGCUGUUUCUUGCCAAAACCUGCAUGCAGUGAGUAUGCUGAUACGCCACGGAGCAGACGUGGGUGCACAAGAUGUGCUUGGCUUCACUCCACUGUUCCUAGCUACCGGUCGUUACCCAAAUUUGGAGGUGGCCAAGUACCUACUGACUGAAGGAAAAUCUGACGUUAAUGUAAAAACACACAGUGGGGCCACUCCACUCCAUGGGGCAUCUCUACAGGGGAACAUUGAUUGUUUGAAGUUGCUGCUGGAAUGGAAUGGCGACCCACGAAUAGAAGAUGAAGAUGGAACCACCCCAUUUGAACUAGCAAAGGACGACGAGACCAAGGCGGUCCUCCAUGAUGCCAUUAUAGUGUUUGAUGCCAAGAGAGACACAGUGGAUGCUAUUUGUGCCUGGUGUAAGCAGAUCCCCAAGGCAGGUCUGAAGAGGUGUGGUCGGUGUCACGUGACCAUGUACUGUCAGCGUGAUUGUCAGGUGAAGCACUGGAAAGAAGGAGGACAUCGCAUUGCUUGCUCAGGCUUUAUUGUGGCGCGACCCUUUCAUGCUAAUGAGAGGAAGGGACAAGGCAUACAGACCUCCUUCUACAGAGUCAUGGGCUCCACGAAACCCAAUGUCAAGGUCUUCAUGCGCAACGCCAGUGAAGCCCCACAGAAAAUGGAAUUUCUCAGGAACAAGAGAUUUGUCGUCAAAGUACAGGUUCCAAUUGGUAACCUGCCCUGUGGGGAAAUGAUGGUGUAUAACGCUGACAGAACUGUAGAAGGCUUUGUCUACCCUAAAGAGAGAGGUUAUGAGAUACUGGCCAACAGGAUUCGGACUGAAGGGUUUAUGGGGGUGAAAGCCUUCUUCUGGGCAGAGCUGACCGGUGACAGUGACGGCUCCUUCCGAAUAUUCCACGGGCGGUGUGCACCCUACCAACAAUGGUAGCUGGCUUCCUCAUUCACAAAGUUGGUUAAAAAGUGACGUGAACACAACUAUUGUAGGAAACAGAAAAAGGCAAGUGUUCAUCAAUGUUUCCUUCCAAUUCUAAUAAGUGGAGAUUGUAUUGAAGCCACACUGACACAAAAAGACUCUAUGAUAAGAUAUCGAUUUCGUUUUUUCCCUAUUUAAAUGUUAUUGGUAGCUUUCUCAUGUACUGCCAAGUAUCAAGAUUUAUGAAAAUAUGUUGUUAGUUUUGUAUUUACCAUUGUAUCAAAUUGAGACAUAUUGAAUGCAGCCAUUAUUACCAAAGUUGAACAAAUUUAUAAGAUAUCAUGCAAUGUAUUAAAGAUUUGAAAUCUACAUUUAUAAAAUAUCAUAAUUAAUCAAAUGGUUUUUAUACUCACAAUGAUAUUUGAGUUGAUUUAUGGUGUUUUGUGUUUCUGUUCCUCACAAGGUAUGUGGUUUAUUCUAGUCUCCAGCAUUUUACUGAUGACAUUUUCAUAGCAUCCUGACUCUGUCUCUCCUCCUGAUAAAUAGAUGAUCUUACGUGAGUACCAUGUCAUAUUGAAUUUAUCAAACGAGUUCAAUAAUUUGUUAUAACAAGUGUCAUAUUAAAUUAUUGAACAAGUUUAAUAAAUUUAAUAUGACAUGGACAUGAAUGUUAGAUUCUAUUUAUCACAUAGCAUUCAUAAUUUGGAAAACAACUUGAAACAGUACAAUUAUGUGUUAUCAGCUGACUCUAUAUAGGUCAAAACCAAAGUACUUCAAUCGUAGCAUUGUCGUUCUGCACAGUGCGAAGUAGUUCAAUAUUUAUUUUUAAAUAUUGAAAUGAACAGUUUCAAAUGCUAUGAAAAUCAUAAGGAUAUAAUAAACAUUUCAAAUUCAAUUAACAUAACAGUAAAUGUAUUGUGUGAUAUUAGUAAAUAAAUUAGUACCAGUAGAGGCACAGGAAGGUUCCCACAGUGUGACCAAUCGUAGUACAUUUAGGUUUUAUUACAUGUGUGUAUUUAUACUAUAUUUAUGACACAUAGUAAAACGGGUCAGUUAUUCAAUAAAGUAAGAUGGCUUUACUAAAGGGUUUAACUUUAAUUUUGUGCACAUUUUAUUGACUGAUCCUAAGCUUCCUGUUGGUGAAGACAUGAAGUCAUGAUUGAUGCUCAAUGCAAAUUCAUACAAAAAUAUUUGUCACGCAAAUUGUUAGUGAACUGCCAUUUUUUUUCUUUAAUCGUCCAUCCGCCGUCAGAAAUCAUCAAACUAGGAUCUUUGUGCACUGACUUUAGUGUCCUCAAGGAUAUGCGUUACCUUGUACAUUAUAAAACUUACUUGUGUGAGAGUAAUUGCCAUUAACUUUUUUUUAAAGUUCAAAAAAUUUCUUGAUAGAUAUUUUACAGAUUUCUUUAUGUGGAGGGUAAAUAAGACAUCAAAAUACAGUAUAUCUAUUAUCUUGUUCAGUACUCUUUAAAAAAGUUGUCAAGCAAUGAAGUCCAAGAAAGUUGAUUCUGACCUUAUAGAGAGGCCGUUAGGUCAGGAUUAGUGUUACUAUAAAUAGAUUUACAGUUUCUGUGCAUUAUGUGUGACUUUUAACCCCAUAGAUUCAUUUUCAUGUUGAAGGUCAAGGCCAUUACGUGUUACUAUUAAGACCGAGGGAUGCAUGCAUCUUUUCAAUAUAUUGCAGGUCAAAGUAAUUCAGCAUCAAAGUGAUACACAAAAAUGCUAGCAACUUUUUUUCCUCAAAAACUGAAGUAAGAGGUCAAUGUCAGCAUUGUUGUACAUGUAACUUUAGAUUCUGUUUUACACUGUAUGUAUAAUUAUGAUGAGCUAUAACCUCGAACCUUUGUUGUACAUGUAACUUUAGAUUCUGUUUUACACUGUAUGUAUAAUUAUGAUGAGCUAUAACCUCGAACCUUUGUUGUAAUUGAUACCAUAUAUAUCAGUCAAGUUGUUUUUGUUUUACAGUCAAGACUCAUUUAUCUGUGCCUAGUUUAAACCCAUUGGAUGGAUUUUCCCUCUUGUCUAGAUCUGUUAUUUACAUGUCUUAUUUUACAUAUUUGAAGAAAAAAAACAACAUUUUUGAUGUAUGACUUGCGAGUGUUGUAUCACUGAACAUGUCCAUGGCCAGUCCUUGAUUUAUUGAUGUAUUGUACAAUGACUUGAGAUGAAAACAAAAACAGUAUAUUUGUAGGCCAUAAGGAGGUAUUUCAGUGGGAUAGAGAGAUUUACCUGUUACUGUUACUGUUCAAUGUCCCUGGUAGAGUGCCAAAUGUUGCCCUUGUACAGUUUAAUAAUUAUGUCAAAAGUUUCUCUAGGGAGUUUGUUACAUGUGUCCGAUGUUUCACUGGUAGAAUUUGUCAAUUGGAUCCAAUGUCUCACCAGUUUGCCAACAAUGUCCAGCUUCCCUGGUAUAUUAUCACGUGGUGUAUCGUGUAAAACUUGUGCAUUAAUCCAAUAUUCCGCAGAAGAGGAAACAAUAGUUAUGUCAAGUGUUUCCGUAGUAAACAAACUACAUCAGAUGUCUCUUAUAGAGUGAACCAUACUUCUCCUCAAUUGUUUACCAUUAAUGUUGAGUGCUUCCAUUAUAGUUUAAUACUAAAAUAACAAUCAUCUUUGUCAUAUAAUUUACUUGUUAUGUCCCAUUUCCACAGUAGUGUACCAAAUAUGUUCGUAUUUCUAGUCCAUACAAAAAGAAAGUGCUCGAUUCAUCUUACAUUCCACAACUGUUAGAAUGUUGUAUAUUAAUGUCUAUAUUUAUUUUGUUAUUGAAAC